CUCGCGAAUGAAAAGUACUUCCGGGUCAGUUGUCCUUUCGCGUGUAGUUGGGUUGCUAAACUGUACCAUGCGUAAUUAACUAAUAACUAACUACUUCUGUAUUAUGAGUACUCAGAGGGGUAACGCGUCUCGUUCGCGAGGCCAAAAGUACCAGAACACCGUCGCCUUCAAGAAUGACAAAUACGGAGCGAGUGUGCAAGUCAAGAAGGCCAACUCCAAAAUCCACGAUGGACUAUGUCAACACUGCAAGGGUGUUCUCGAGUGGAAAGUCAAGUACAACAAAUAUAAAUCUCUAACACAGCCACGGAAAUGCAUCAAAUGUUCUCAGAAGACUGUGAAGGAUGCUUAUCAUGUCAUUUGUAAACCCUGCUCUCUUCAGCUGGAAAUAUGCUGCAAGUGCGGGAAAAAAGAAGACAUUGUCAUCCCAGUCAACUCUCAUCUGGACCAAAAAGAAGAGGACAACGAUAGCAAAGAAAAAGGCAAAAAGGACAUGGACAAUGAUGAUGAUGAUGAUGAUGAUGAAGACUUCAGUGACCCUGAGGAUGAAGAUGAAGUUAGUCAAUCAGUCACAAAGAUGACACCGUGCAAGUCUCCUCCGCUUCCAGAUGUGUCUCGAGUAAAACUCACAUAGUAAAUGAUUGCACGAGUGGAGUGUCCUGUCAUCUCAUCUCAUUUGUUGAUAAUCGAAUGUAGCUUACUUCAAGUCGUCUUACCACAGCCGGUUUGCGCAACACACCGGUUCUCAUUUUUCUCGCUUUCAUUUGCGAUCGUUUGCAUUUCUGAUGCUUUGGCGUGCCAAGGAUCCAGUGCAAUAGCAUCAGACGUCACCCUCACACAUGUCUUUGCAUUUGAACGUCGGUUGACCUGCAUCGAGCUUGUUCUAACUCAAGGAUCACCGACCUUUUUGAAACGGAGAGCAACUACUUUGGAACUCUCUUGGUGUUAUUUCAAUGAUGCCGCAAUGUAGAGAACAGUUUCAUAUGAAUCUGCAACAUUUUAGAGCCAAAUCGGUGACUAAUGUUCUACCCUGUGGUAAUAUUUGAACACAUUGGCAAAAUUAUAUAACAUGUCACUAAUCCAUUCACCCAACACUGUGACCAAGAUAUCCUUUUCCACCUUUUUUGCACUUGAUAAAGAAAGAACAGUCCAGCUGCAAAAGUCACACAAAAAGUCACCCUGACAAAACAUAUUGCAAUACAAUUUACUUAUCAACUCAAUAAACAUGAAAGUAAAAGUUUCAAA